CCCCAGAUCCACAUUUCACCUCCCGAAAGCGAAACAUCCUUCCCCUAUAACAAAAAAUUAUAUUCUGUUUUUGGCACCGGAAAACGACAUGGGAGUUCUGUUGAAGCUAACAGACUUCGCACUCUUCAUCUUCUUCCUCUUGAUUGCCCUAGCGGCACCGCUUUUUGACGGCCAAUGCGUUCUUUCGCCAGACCUCUACCCCCCAUCCUUGGUGGACCUCAAGGCAUGGUACGCUAAAGAAUACGGCGACUAUUUGGUUUCUGAGAAGCCACAUUUCUUUGUUGGGUUGAUCUGGCUUGAGCUCCUCUUCGCCUGGCCUCUCUCUAUCAUCUCUCUCUACGGGAUUGCCGCGGGAAAAUCCUGGGUUAGCACUACCUGCUUGCUCUAUGGGACCUCCACCCUCACUUCCAUGGUUGCCAUCCUUACAGAACAGACGCUGUCCAAGAGAGCAUCAGAGAAGUUGCUGAUGAUGUACUACCCAUUCUUUGGGUUUGCUGUUUUAGCAAUGUUACGUGGUCUACUAGCUCAUUCUGGCAAGGGCACGUCGAUUGGCAAAAGACCUGCAUCAAACAGGAAAAAGAAGGCUUGAAUUUCCGAGCUCAGAAGAUGACCUAAGAAUUUUGCAUUCUCUCACAUUAAUUCCUGAAACUCCUCUUUCUGGUUUUGCAUUCGUUUUUUCGGUUUAUCCGGACUUCAACUGAUUACCAGCAGCAGAUGAUUUAGUAUGCUUUUGAAUUUAAGGCACCAGAAUGUGUUUAGUUACUGCUAUUAGUAUGAAGUUGAUACACAUAACUUCUUUGUCUUUUGUAGUUCAGUUGGCCAAACUCUGCCCUGCAUCCAUUCAGAAUAAUUAAGAUGAUGUAGUGUGCUCUGUAACUGAUAUUUUGCCAAGCUAAUUAUUAUUAUUAUUAUUUUGGGUUGUGUU